AUGCAGGCGUACACGGAGCUCGCGGCUCCCUCAGCCGUCACCCACUCUCUGAGCUUGCCUCUGACGUCCGCCACGGCAAACAACCUCGUCGUGGCCAAGGGCUCGCUGCUGCAGAUAUUCGCCACAAGGUCCAUCUCGGCCGAACUCGACCCCCACGCCCAACGGGACGAGACGUCCAAAGCCGAGGCCCAGUUCGACCAUCGCGCCAACGACGACGAUGGCCUCGAGUCCUCCUUUCUCGGCGGCGACACCAUGCUCGUUCGCACCGACCCCUCCACAAACACAAAGCUCGUCCUCGUCGCAGAGCUCCCGCUCGCCGGCACUGUCAUUGGCCUCGCCCGCAUCAAGCUCCAGAAGACCGCCUCUGGUGGCGAAAUUCUGCUCUUGGCCUACAAGGCCGCCAAGAUGAGCCUGAUCGAGUGGGAUCCCCGCAAGGGUUCCCUCGAGACAACCUCGAUCCAUUACUACGAAAAAGACGACCUCAUGGGCGCCCCCUGGGAACUGUCCCUGGGCGAGCACGUCAACUACCUCGAGGCCGACCCGGGCAGCAGAUGCGCCGCUCUCAAAUUCGGCUCCAGGAACUUGGCCAUCCUGCCCUUCACGCAAGCCGAGGAGGACCUUGAGAUGGACGACUGGGACGAGGAUCUCGACGGCCCUCGACCGACAAAGGAACCAACUGGAAACGUCAACGGGGACGCCGCCUAUACUCCCUCCUUUGUUCUGCGCCUCCCGCUCCUGGACCCCACCCUGCUUCAUCCUGUCCACCUCGCCUUUUUGCACGAGUAUCGCGAGCCCACGUUCGGCAUCUUGUCCUCCACCGAGGCACAGGCCUCCGCCCUCGGUCUCAAAGACAACCUUUCCUACAAAGUCUUUACACUUGACCUGAAGCAGAGAGCAUCGACAACCAUCCUCUCCGUUACAGGCCUACCCCGAGAUCUCUACAAAGUUGUCGCGCUCGCUGCACCAAUAGGUGGCGCCCUUCUCGUCGGAUGCAAUGAGCUCAUCCAUAUUGACCAGUCGGGGAAACCAAACGGCGUGGCAGUGAAUGGCAUGGCCAAGCAAGUCACCUCAUUCAGCCUUGCCGAUCAAUCGGAUCUCAACUGGCGGCUCGAAGGCUGUGCCAUUGAGCAGCUUGCCAUUGAAAACGGCGAACUGCUCCUCGUCCUCAACGACGGUCGGCUGGCUAUCAUCUCCUUCAAAAUCGACGGCCGUACGGUAUCGGGAAUCACGGUCAAGUCUGUGUCGCUCGAAAACGGCGGCAACCUGGUCAAGAGCCAAGUCUCCUGCGUCUCAAAGCUAGGCAAGAACUCGUUUUUCCUGGGUAGCGAGUCCAAUGACGCCAUUGUGCUGGGGUGGUUGAGGAAGCAGGGUCAGGAGAAGCGCAAGAAGUCUCGCUUCCUUGAUCCUGGUCUCGGCCUUGAUGCCGAUGACUUGGACUGGGAUGACGAGGAAGAGGACGACUUAUACGCAGACGACACCGAGGCCGCCAAACCGGCGCAGGACGCCAAUGGAACGACAAGGCUCGGGGAAGUGACGUUCCGGGUCCAGGACACGCUGCUCAGCAUUGCGCCGAUACUCGACUUCACCUGCGGCCGCUCCUUGUCCCCUCCGACCGGCGAUGACGCUUCCCUAGCCGAAGGUGUAGUCGCCGAACUCCAGCUCGCGUGUGCCGUUGGCCGGGGGAAGGCGGGUUCGAUUGCGAUUUUGAACCGCCAGAUUCAACCCAAAAUCAUCGGCCGCUUCGAGUUCCCCGAGGCACGGGGUUUCUGGACCAUGUGCGUAAAAAAACCCGUGCCGAAAGCAUUGGGUGCCACCGCUGCAGUGGGCGGCGACUACGAUACCCCAGGACACUACGACAAGUUCAUGAUUGUUUCUAAGGUCGACCUCGAUGGCUAUGAGACGUCGGAUGUGUACGCCUUGACAGCAGCGGGCUUUGAGACGUUGAAAGAGACCGAGUUUGAGCCGGCGGCGGGCUUCACGGUGGAAGCUGGCACAAUGGGGAAGCAGAUGAGAAUCAUCCAGGUGCUCAAGUCGGAAGUCCGAUGUUACGACGGCGAUCUUGGUCUUGCGCAGAUUCUGCCCAUGCUGGACGAGGAGACGGGCGCAGAGCCGAGAGUGACGAGCGCCAGCAUUUCUGACCAGCACCUGCUCUUGAUACGUGAUGACGGUAGUGUCUUCAUUGCCCAAAUGGAUAGCAAUAACGAGCUCGAAGAGAUAGAAAAGGUCGAUGGCGCUCUGCAGUCCACCAAGUGGGCGUCCGGCUGCUUGUAUAAUGACACGCUGGGUGUCUUUCAGCUGCCACUUGGAGACAAGGCAGCAGACGUGGAAGAUUCCAUAAUGAUGUUCCUGCUCAGCUCCUCAGGAGCCCUACAUAUUUACGCGCUGUCCGAUUUAUCCAAACCCGUCUUCAUGGCCGAGUCUUUUACGUGUAUUCCCCCCAUUCUCUCCGCGGGCUAUACGGCCCGGAGAGGGGCGAAUCGCGAGAGCAUUGCAGAGAUAUUGGUGGCGGACCUCGGCGACGCCGUGUCACAAUCCCCCUACCUAAUUGUGCGGCACUCCACCGAUGAUUUGACCUUGUACGAUCCCAAGACGGCCAACGCUGUGCUUGCCAGGGGCCCAGAGGACACUCCUCAGGACGAAACCGCGGAGCCUCCACGAUUUGUCCCGCUUCGCCGAUGCACCAACGUCAACGGCUAUAGCACCGUCUUUCUGCCAGGGCCAUCACCGAGCUUCGUUUUGAAGAGCAGCAAAAGCGUACCCAAGGUGGUCGGGCUGCAGGGGCUCGGCGUGCGCGGCAUGAGCACUUUCCACACCGAGGGGUGUGACCGAGGCUUCAUCUAUGCCGACUCGGAAGGGAUCGCGAGGGUGACACAGCUCCCGGAAGCGACCAACUUUACGGAGCUUGGCGUCUCGGUGAAGAAGAUUCCGCUGGACAUUGAUGUUGGCAAGAUAUCCUAUCACCAUCCCACGGGCACGUACAUUGCCGGCUGCUCGGCCAUGGAGCCGUUUGAGCUGCCCCGCGACGAUGACUACCACAAGGAAUGGACAAAGGAGGCGCUGAGCUUCCCACCGACAAUGCCGCGGGGCGUGCUCAAGCUCAUCAACCCCGUGACGUGGACGGUGAUUCACUCGCUGGAGCUGGAGCCUUGCGAGUCCAUCGAGAGCAUGAGGACUCUGCAGCUGGAGGUGUCGGAGGAGACCAGGGAGAGGCGGAUGCUCGUAGCCGUGGGCAGCGCGCUAUCCAAGGGCGAGGACCUGCCGACAAGGGGCCGGGUGCAAGUUUUUGACAUUGUGACCGUCAUCCCCGAACCCGGCAAGCCCGAAACGAACCGGCGGCUCAAGCUGGUGGCCAAGGAAGAUAUACCCCGGGGCGGCGUGACAGCGCUGUCCGAGGUCGGGACGCAGGGAUUGAUGCUGGUUGCGCAGGGGCAAAAGUGCAUGGUGCGCGGGCUCAAGGAGGACGGCUCGCUGCUGCCCGUGGCCUUUCUCGACAUGAACUGCCACGUGGCGAGCGUGCGCGAGCUGCCUGGCACGGGGCUCUGUCUGCUGGCCGACGCCUUCAAGGGCCUGUGGUUUGCCGGUUACACCGAGGAGCCCUAUACGUUCCAGGUGCUGGGCAAGAGCGGCGGGCGGCUGCCGCUGCUCGUGGCCGACUUCUUGCCCGACGGCGAGGACCUGUCCAUGGUGGCGGUGGAUGCCGAUGGAGACAUGCACAUUCUCGAGUUUAACCCCGAGCAUCCAAAGAGUCUCCAGGGCCACCUCCUCCUUCACCGCACCACCUUUUGCGUCACCCCUAACGCGCCCACAUCCACCCUCCUCCUCCCGCGCACCCUCCCGCCCUCGUCACAGCAGCAACAGCAACAGUUGUCGUCAUCGCCAUCCCGCCCUCACGUCCUCCUGCUCGCCUCGCCAUCGGGCCACCUCGCCGCCCUCACCCCGCUCCCCGAGUCCACGUACCGCCGCCUCCUCUCCGCCACCAACCAGCUGCUCCCGGCCCUCGCGCCCCACGGCGGCCUGCACGCAAAGGCCCACCGCUUGCCGGACCCGCAGCAGCACCACGCGCGCUCGCUCGCCGUCGGCGUCGAGACGGCCGCCUCGUCGGGCCGCGCCGUCGUCGACGGCGCGCUGCUCGCGCGCUGGGCGGAGCUCGCGGCGCCCAAGCGCGCAGAGGUGGCGGCCAAGGGCGGCUACGACGCCGUCGCUGACUUGCGAGCCGAUCUCGAGGCAUUGCUGGGCUGGAGCGGCGUGGCUUACUUUUGA